GACUGGCUCUGUCGGCACCGCCCCCUGCGAUCCUAACGGCCUCGGGCGGCGGCCCUCGGCGCCCCGCCCUUCCCGGGCCCGCCCCCGGCUCCAUCUUGCCUGAGACCAGGUUGGGCUGUGACGCUGCUCCACGGAGUCUGAAUGUCGUACCCGGGCUAUCCCCCCACAGGCUACCCAGCUUUCCCUGGAUAUCCUCCUGUGGGUCAGGAGUCAUCUUUUCCCCCUCCUGGUCAGUAUUCUUAUCCUAGUGGCUUUCCUCCAAUGGGAGGAGGUGCCUACCCACCAACACCAAGUAGUGGCUACCCAGGAGCUGGAGGCUACCCAGGAGCUGGAGGCUACCCUGCCCCUGGCGGCUAUCCCAGUGCCCCACAGCCAGGGGGAGCUCCAUCCUAUCCUGGAGGCCAAGGGUUUGGAGCCCCACCAAGUGGAGCAGGCUUUUCUGGCUAUCCGCAGCCACCCUCACAGUCUUAUGGUGGGGGCCCAGCACAGGUCCCACUACCUGGUGGUUUUCCUGGGGGACCGAUGCCUUCCCAGUACCCUGGAGGACAAUCUCCUUACCCUAGUCAGCCUGCUUCGAUGACUCAGGGAACUCAAGGAACAAUCCAACCGGCUGCCAACUUUGAUGCCAUGAGAGAUGCAGAAAUUCUUCGUAAAGCAAUGAAGGGUUUUGGUACAGACGAGCAGGCAAUUGUAGACGUUGUGGCCAGUCGUUCCAAUGAUCAAAGGCAAAAAAUUAAAGCAGCUUUUAAGACCAUGUAUGGCAAGGAUUUAAUCAGAGAUCUUAAGUCAGAGUUAAGUGGAAAUAUGGAAGAACUGAUCCUUGCCCUGUUCAUGCCACCUACGUAUUAUGAUGCCUGGAGUUUACAGAAUGCAAUGAAGGGAGCAGGAACUCAGGAACGUGUAUUGAUUGAAAUUUUAUGCACAAGAACAAAUCAGGAAAUCCGAGAAAUUGUCAGAUGUUAUCAAUCAGAAUUUGGACGAGACCUUGAGAAGGAUAUUAGGUCAGAUACAUCAGGGCAUUUUGAACGUUUACUUGUAUCCAUGUGCCAGGGAAAUCGCGAUGAGAACCAGAAUGUUAACCACCAGCUGGCUCAGGAAGAUGCUCAGCGUCUCUAUCAGGCUGGUGAGGGGAGAUUAGGGACAGAUGAAUCUUGCUUUAACAUGAUUCUUGCCACAAGAAGCUUUCCUCAGCUGAAAGCUACCAUGGAGGCCUAUUCCAGGAUGGCUAAUCGAGAUUUGUUAAGCAGUGUCGGCCGUGAGUUUUCUGGAAAUGUUGAAAGUGGUUUGAAGACCAUCUUGCAGUGUGCCCUGAACCGCCCUGCCUUCUUUGCUGAGAGGCUGUACUAUUCUAUGAAAGGUGCCGGCACAGAUGACUCCACCCUGGUCAGGAUUGUGGUCGCUCGAAGUGAGAUUGAUCUUGUACAAAUAAAACAGAUGUUCAGUCAGAUGUAUCAGAAGACCCUGGGCACAAUGAUUGCAAGUGACACGAGUGGAGAUUACCGAAGGCUUCUUCUGGCCAUUGUGGGCCAGUAGGAGAGAUUUUUUUUAAAUGAGUGAAGCUAUUCAGAGCUUAUCCUUCAAAGCAAUGACUGACCUGCAUGCAGCAACAUCAAUCCUCACCUAACCAAAAGAGCUUUUUACUAAAGACUGUGUCAGGGUAUUGUGCUUGGUUUGCACAUGUGGUUAUUGCCUUAAUUCCAAUGUUAUUUUUUUCUCUAUAUACGAUCAAGUAAAGCCAUAUCACAAUGAUGAAGUAAUAAUGCAAUGUUUGUAAAACAUAAUUCUCACUGCUCUUAUUCUAAAUAGGAUACCAAAUUGAAUAAAAGUCACAACAGUCUGUAAUUCUGUGUAAUAAUAUUGAAUAAAAAAUUCAAUAUUGAAUAAAUUUGAAUAAAUAUUGAAUUAAAAAAAAACUUGCCUUCCAUUGGACAGUUAUAGUUGGUAAUAAUGUCAAAACUGUAUUACUUUUUAAAAAAAUUCAGCUCUUUUGACGUAGAAGAGCAAUUUGCAUCUUACUUUACAUAAAUUGGUAUUCUAUAUUCAUAAACACUAAACUUCCCACAUAGAAAAUAGUUUAGUAUUGCCUGUAAUAACUUUUAAAAAAGGGAUUAUGUGUUUAUGUGCAUAAAAUAUAUAGCCUACUUUUAUGUCUACUGAGACUGCCUAGAGAUCUUUAUUGGCCCUUGAUUUUUAAAAAAAAUUUAUGAAAGACUUUAAUUUUAGUUGCAGUUUAAUCAUGAUUCAAGACAGUGAAGCUUGCACAUAAGAGGUGCUGAAUUAAUGAAUAAACGAGGCUUAAAUCAUCUUCCUGGGAGAUUGAAUACUAGCUCUUUGGAGAAGUAGUUCAGGGAGUCAGUGAUUUCAAACCUGGCUUUAUUCCCAGUACUGAGCAAUUACUUAUCGAGUAUGUUGAGCAUUACAGUAGGUAGUUAGGGAAAGUAUCAAUACAAAGGAAGGAGGUUUGUAAUCUAGUGGGGGUUCUAAACAAAAAUUAGGAUACAAGGAAAUUGUAAAUGUUAGAUUAUAAAUUCUGCUGAGGAUAAUAACCCUAUUUGUUCUUUGUGUUGAGCUCCCCGGCACAAAGCAGAUAUUUAAUACAGAUCUGGUGAAUGAUAGUACUAAAAAUUGAGGGGGAGAAUAGUAAUUAUCAAUUAUAUUUUGAUAAACAUUUGUUUUGUGUAAGGACCAAGGGACAUACAUACAAGGUGGUAUAAGACACAACCUUACUCUUAGAGAGAUAGACCUAUGUACAACUGUAGCGCAGGGCAAAAGCAAGAUACAUAGGUAGAAGGAUCACUGGCUAAGAUAGAUUUUUGAUAUAGGCUUUGGAAAAGUAAGUAACAGUGAUGGGAUUUGGUAAAGGUGAGAAAGAGGGGUGUAAGGUACUAAGGAAAGAAAAGAUAUGAGCUAUAUAUUUUUAAACUUUUAAAAAUUGAGGGCUCUCCUGGUGGCGCAGUGGUUAAGAGUCCGCCUGCCAAUGCAGGGGACGCGGGUUCGAGCUCUGGUCCGGGAGGAUCCCACGUGCUGUGGAGCAGCUGGGCCUGUGCGCCACAGCUGCUGAGCCUGUGCUCUAGAGCCCUCGAGCCACAGCUGCUGAGCCCAUGUGCCACAACUGCUGAAGCCUGCGCGCCUGGAGCCCGUGCUCCACAGUGGGAGAGGCCACCUUAAUGGGAGGCCUGCGCACCGCAGUGAGGAGUAGCCCCUGCUCGCUGCAAAUAAAAAGAAAGCCCGCGCACAGCAGCGAAGACCCAGCACAGAAAAAAUAAUUAAUUAAUUUUAAAAAAUUGAGAUAUAAUUCAUAUAUCAUACCAUUCAUCCUUUUAAAGUGUACAAUUCAGUCGUUUUUAGGAUAUUCAUGCAUUUGUGCAACAAUCACCACAAUCAAUUUUUGAACAUUUUCAUCACCCAAAAAGAAAACUUAUACCCAUUGUCAGUCAUUUCCCCUUUCCCCUCCUUCUGCCCAGCCCCUGGCAAUCACUAAUCUACUUUCUGUCUCUAUGGAUUUCCCUAUUGGGGCUUUUCAUAUGAAUGGAAUCAUACAAGGCAUUGCCCUUUGUGUCUGGCUUCUUUGAAUUAGCAUACUGUUCUUAAGAUUCACCUGUGUUGUAGCAUGAAUCAAUACUUCAUUCUGAUUUGUGGCUGGAUAAUCCAUUGGAUAUACAUUUUGCUUGUCCAUUUAUCAAUUGAUGGACAUUUGGGUUGUUUUCACCUAUUGACCAUUAUGAAUAAUGCUGCUAUGAACAUUCAUGUACAAGUUUUUCUGUGGACACAUGUUUUCAUUUCUCUUGGCUAUAGUACUAUGAGUGGAAUUGCUGGUACAUACAGUAUCUUUAUGUUUAACUUUGUGUUUUUUUUUUUGCUGCCCAUUAGAACAUUUAUUUCUCAGAGAGAAAAUAAGUUUAAGACAGUCAUAUUACAGUAAGUAAAAUUAACUUUUGUAUUCUUUACAAGCAUAGAUUUUUCUCUUUAUUACCUCUCUUAUACCAUCUGUUACAAACAAUUCUAGAAAGCAAAUAAAGUCACUUUCUACAAUAAAUAGAGCAUCGUGUGCUUCACAGCAGACGUGACUGAGAAAAUAGGCCCCAUGCCACAGCAGGACCUGAACCGUUUCCCAUUCUAAAAGAGCAGUUUUAAAAAUGAGAUUCAGAGAGAGACUGAAAGAUUCAAAGAGACUGAAAAAAAAAAGGGAGAGAGAAAGAGACUAAGAAAGAGAAAGUGUUGGGGGGAAGAAAGAGACACAGAAAGAGAGUACGUUUAACCUUUUAAAGAUCUGCCAAACUAUUUUCCAAAGCAGCUGUAUGUACCAUUUUACGAUCCUACUGGCAAUGAAUGAGGCUUCCAAUUUCUCCUCAUUCUUAUCAACACUAUCAUUGUCUGUUUGAAUAUAGCCAUCCUAGUGGAUGUGAAGUGGCAUCUCAUUGCAGUUUUGAUUUGCAUUUCCCUAAUGACUAACGAGCAUAUUUUCUUGAGCUUAUUGGCCAUUUGCAUAUCUUCUUUGGAAAAAUGUCUAUUCAAAUACCCAUUUUCAUAUUCGGGGAACUAGGAUCCUGCAAGCCUCAUGGCCAAAAAAAAAAGGUAUGUUGUGCACAAGGUAGGAUAGUUAUUUCAGUGCAGAUUCAUUCACAACCCUCACUGGGGAAAAAAUCCAGAGAGAAAUGCCUUACUCAACAGUUGCAUAGUUUUAUUUUGAGAACUUUUAUGACAUAACACUGCAACUUGAAAAAAUCUUUUUCUCAAUUUUUAUAAUUUUUAUGUGUUUAUUAGCAGAAAUACAAUUUAUUUUUAAAAUUUGGCUCUGGUAAUUGUAUCCUAAGCAAAGAGUUUCCAUGGGGAGUAGUGUGUGGGUGUGUGUAUAGUUUAAUAAUAUAUUUUGAAAUAGUUUCAAAUGUAUAGAAAAGUUGCCAGAACAGUACAAAGAACUCCCAUGCUCCCAUGUCCUCUUCACCCAGAUUCUCAUAUAGUUAACAUGUUAUUGGUUCAUUGCUCACUCUGAGUAUGUGUGUGUGUGCAUAUAUCCUUUGUUAUUAGUCUUUUUCUGAAACGUUUGAGGGUUGAGAGAGCAAACUGCAGUCAUGAUGUCCCAUCACUCCUAAACACUCCAGCGGGUAUUUUCCUCCAAACAGGGACACUCUUCUACAUAACAGCAAACAAUCUUCCACACCAGGAAAUCAAUAUUGGUACAACACUACCACCCAAUCUACUAAGCCCAUUCAAAUUUCGCCCACUAUCCCAACAAUGUCUCUUUUCCUUUCUGGGUCAACAUGCUAUACAGGAAUACGUAUUGCAUUUAGUUGUGUAUUUUCAGACUCCUUUAAUCUGCAAGAGUUGCCAGUCUUUCAUGGCCUUGACAGUUUUAUUAAAGGGUACAGGCCUUACUUUCUAUAGCACGGCUUACAACCGGGGUCCCUUGUUUGCAGGAGUACCACGAAAUGAUGCUUUGCUUUUCCCAGUGAGUCUCAUCAGGAGGCACAAAAUGUAGACUCCUCCUGACACUGGUGAUGUUAACCUUGAUCACUUGAUCAUGUUGGUUUCUUAAAUUCACUGUUUUUCCCUUUGUAAUUGAUUAGUAUUCCAAAAUCAUGCCAGUAUCCUAUUCCUCAUCAAACCUCCACACACCAAUCUUAGCACUGAAGACUCAUGUCUAAAUCAUCCACUUCUAUAGUUGGUGCCAAAUGGUAAUUCUCUAUUUCCAUCAUUUCCUCUCCAUUAUUGGGUUGGCAUUCUACUGUUAGAAAGAGCUUUCCUUUCUCUUCAUUUAUUUAUAUCAAUGUGAACUGGUGUAUUCCUAUUUUAUUCAAUGGAUUGUAAUCCAUUAUUAUCAUUGUUUAUCUUGAUCCUCAAAUUGUCUCUGAUUUGGCCAGGAGACCCUUCAAGCUGCCUCUUAGCAGUGCAACAUUUUAAAGUUGUAUACUGGUAAGAUUCAUCCAUGUUGUGAAGAGCUGUAGUUUAUUCAUUUUGACUCCUUUGUAACAUGUGAUAUUGUGAAUAUAUAUCAGUGUAUUCAUCCACUCUUCUGUUUGGGUUGUUUCCAGGUUUUUGCCAUUGUAUUUUGCCAUUCCAACUCUAAAGUAAUGUUGAAUUUCAAACGUAUUAAAUUUUUGCAUUAACAUCAUA